GAUACUCUUUGUCAGCACCAUCUAUUUUUGUACAAGUUUACUGCAGACCAUCUGUUCUCAUUGCAGACCAUCUGUCACAACGUCAUUGUGUGGUCCUGAGUUCUGCCACCUCUUUUCCCAGAAAAAAAGCCCUGGAUGUCAUAAUGCUGCCCCAGGAGUAUGCACCUGAAGACAACAAAAAAGGCCGCACAGGUCUAUGGAAACAUUUACACUGUAUGGGGAGGACCUGAGCCCAUGGUAAUAUUGUCUGGAUUCAAAGCAAUAAAAGAAGCGUUGGUAAAGAAUUCAGAAAACUUCGCUGGACGACCAGUGACCCCUUUCUUUAAAGUUGUAACCAAAGAAAAGGGUAUUAUAUUCUCAAGUGGUCACACCUGGAAGCAGCAGCGGAAGUUUGGGCUAGUUACCCUGCGGAAGCUGGGGCUGGGGAAGAAAGGCGUGGAGAACCAAAUACAAGAGGAGGCCCAACAGCUUGUUGAGACUUUUGCUCGUGCAAAGGGGCAGCCAAUUGACCCUUCAAUACACAUCACAAAUUCCGUCUCUAAUGUAGUAUGCGCUCUGGUUUUUGGACACCGGUAUUCUGUUGAGGAUGAGGAAUUUCUCCAGCUGAUGGAAUCCGCUGAUUAUAGCAUAAAAUUUGGAGGUACCAUCUUUCAUCUUCUGUAUGAAGUGCUCCCAGGGAUCAUGAAACAUAUCUCAUGGCCAUACAAGAAGGCAUUUGAUGCUGUAGAUGUUGUGCUUUCACUUGCAAGGAAAGAGAUAGAAAUGCACAGAAGGCAACUGGCAGAGCAUGAUCCAAGAGAUUACAUCGAUUACUAUCUGCUUCAGAUGGAGAAAAGCAAGAAUGACCCCACCUCAACAUAUACUGAGGAGAACCUGGUUCAGUGUAUUUCUGACAUCAUUAUUGCCGGAACGGACACUACCAGCGGCACAUUGCAGUGGACAAUGCUUCUCAUGUUGGUUCAUCAAGAUGUCCAAGGUCACUGCCGGCGCCAGGGUCUCUGGUGCCUGCGGCAACUCCCCUCCCACGUGCGCGCACUACGCGUGUGCCAUGGACUACGCAAUGACGUCAUCGUGUGA